AUGGCGGUGUGGGGCGAGAGCGGGGCGGGCGAGAGUGUUAAUGCUUGGCUUUUUAACUCCAAGGACUCUAUUGCCGGUAAUUGCAAGACCGGCACUAGUUUUUGGGGUCAGAUAGCUGCAACCUUCAACUCUACCUCGGAUCCUGCCCGUCAUCGGACCUCGAAGCAGCUGAAGGAUCAUUGGAACGCCUACAACAAGGAGGUGUCCCUGUUCAAUGGAUACUACAUCCAAGGAGAGGGGUUACGUCAGAGUGGAGCAGACGAUGAUAUGGUCAUGAAGGCGGCAAUGGAGAGGUACGCGAAUGACAAAAGAGUGACUCACCCGUUCAGAAAGCACCACUGGUGGCAAGCUGUUCGCAAUGAAGCGAAGUGGAAAGGACAACAUGGUCUUGGUAGUGGAACCGAGUCCACUUCCAAGAGAAGCCGUCUAGGACUUUGUGGUGAGUACAGCUCUAGCGAGGCGACGACGGAGGAGGAGCGUCCAACGGGCCGCGAUAGGGCCAAGGCCGCGGUACGUAAGGGUAGGAGGAAGGGGAAGGACUCCUCAUCAAGCAGUGAGGUAGGAAGUAAAUCCUUCGCGAUGAGGAACAUGAUGAAUGGUUUAGUGAAGGCUAAGGUAUUCAAGCAAUGGAACAAAAUGAAAGAUCGAUCAACCGACGACAUGACCGAAGCAGAAAAGCGCAAACAUGCGAAGGCCAUCAAGAUGUGCGAACAAGAGCUUGGUCUGGAAGAUGAUGAGGACGAGGAGCAGUAG